AUUAGCUUAUUCAGGAAAAUAAUGGCACAAGACCUGACUCCAAAUGGAAUUCUGAAAUUCUUUAAUCAGUCCAUCAAUACAGACAGUUACAAACCCACCGUUCAGAUAAACGCUAUAAAGAAAUGUGGGUCAGGAAGUGGAGCUAAUAAAAACAAGCUGUUAGUUAGUGAUGGAACUAACUUCACCACAAUGCUUUCUGUUGGGGACGAAAUAGACAAAGUGAUAGCUGACGACACGUUGAGGAAGAAUGCAGUAGUAAAGGUAGAGCGUUACAACGUGACUAACUCUAACAACAAACACUUCGUACUUAUACUAGAGGUCUCCAUCUUAUCUUACCCUGAACAGAAGAUAGGUAACCCUGUAAAGCUAUCAGAUGACCAGAUACAAGCCGAGGUUAACAAGACCCCCACCCCUUCUACUUCAGUACCCAGCGCAGUCUCUACUUUCAAUUCUGGAGGCAUGGCAGGAGCUGCUCCUUCAGGCACACCUGGUAAUAUAUAUCCGAUACAGAGUCUCAACCCCUAUCAGAACAAGUGGACUAUCAAGGCUAGGGUAACCAAGAAGAGUGAUAUUAGAACGUGGUCUAACGCACGGGGAGAAGGGAAACUGUUCAGUCUGGAGCUGAUGGACGAGAGUGGAGAGAUUAGGUGUACAGGUUUCACAGACGCAGUAGAUAAGUUUUACAACGUAGUAGAACAAGGUCAAGUGUACUACGUUUCCCGCUGCUCUCUCAAGACCGCUAAUAAACAGUACACUGCUAUAAAGAACGACUACGAGAUGACGAUAAAUAGUGACACUACUAUUGUUAAGUGCGAGGACGGAGAUGCAGUUCCGCAGAUAAAAAUGGAGUUUACUCAGAUAUCAGACCUGGAGAGAUGCGAGAAUAACAGUUUUGUGGAUAUAAUGGGAAUAGCUACUGAUAUUGGAGACGUUCAGUCUAUUACUGCUAGGGCGUCAGGCAAGCAACUCACUAAAAGAGAAGUAAAGUUGCAAGACAAAUCAGGAGCAGCAGUGUCUCUGACACUCUGGGGAAAUGAUGCUGAUAAGUUCGACACAGGACUUGCAAACCCUGUCAUUGCUGUUAAGGCAGCUAAAGUCAGCGACUUCGGGGGCCGGUCUCUCUCUGUUUCUUUCAGCUCUACUUUACUGGUUAAUCCGGACACAGCCCCCUCACACGAGUUAAAGGGAUGGUACGAUACCACCGGUAAAGACGAGACUGUCAGACAAAUGUCCGGUUCUGGAGGUAUGGGAGGGGGUGGAAUGGAGACUGCUCACAAAUCAUUUGGUGAAAUUAAGGAGGCUAACAUUCAGGAUAAGCCGGAGUAUUUCAGUAACCAUGCAGCAAUAGUGUUCGUUAAAAAAGAUAACUGUAUGUACCAGGCCUGUCCCAGCGCUGACUGUAAUAAAAAGGUAAUGCAAGAAUCAGCUACAGAAUAUCGUUGUGAGAAAUGUGACAAACUCUAUCCCAACUUCAAAUACAGAUUAAUGCUAACAGUGAAACUCUCUGACUUUACUGGCAACGAGUGGGUCACAUGUUUCCAGGAAACAGCAGAGAAAUUGUUGGGAAUUUCAGCCGAUGACCUUGGCAAACUGAAGGAAACAAAUGAAGCAGAAUUUGAACAAGCAAUGAACAAAGUCAACUUUACAGCGUAUAACUUCAAGAUUCGGGCUAGAACUGAAACGUAUAUGGACGAAUCACGACUCAAGUGUACAGCUCUAUCAGUUGAACCUAUUGACUAUAUUACGCACAGUAAACGCUUGAUAGAUGAAAUAAAGCUGUUAGAAGGUUGAAAAUACAAGACAUAUUGAAUCUGACUCCGAAAACUUGCCGGAUUUGGAGUCUAGAUACACACGUUAUUGACUGUUAAAAGUGACUUAAUUCUAUGGACGCUAUCAGCUUUUUUAAAUAUUUAAGAAUUUCAUUAUCAUAAAUUUGUUUAUUUGGUUGUUAAUUUCCACGAAAUGACUGUUUCCCUUUAAAUAUUUCGAUUUCAAAUUAGCGGGACUAUACGCGCCGCGCAUUAAGCGCGAGCCACAAACUACAUGGUUUCAGCAUUAUUAUUGUGCGCAUUGUAAAUUAAGCACACAGUUGCGAACAUUUUAAGAUUUGAAAAGAA